CUCGAUCCAGGUCUCUUACAGAAGUCUCAACACAGUCCCAGCGAUAAACAACCGAAUUCACCCCUCACUGCCGAGAGUUAUACCCAGAGAUUGAUGGCCUCGUCUGGACCUAGCCAUUUUGAGAAGAUUCUCGCCAAUUUCAAAAAAAGACUUUCAUCAGAACACACUGAACUGUUCCAGCUUACCACGUUGGAUGACUUGAAAGCUUCAAUCAAGAGGAUACAAACGGAACAAGCGGCAAAGAAAGGGCUUCGGAAUCUGAACAAGAUCAAGCCUUUCUUGAACGGGCUAAGACAGUAUGCCGAAGUUCUCGAGGUGUUUGUACAAGCUAAACCGGAGAUACUUGCUUUCAUAUGGGGUCCAAUAAAACUAUGCCUCCAGAUUGCCUCGAAGCUUAACGAAGCAUUCGACGCGUUACUGGACGCCUAUGAGAAGAUAGGAAAUUCUCUGCCGAUACUCUCAACAGUCGAUGCACUAUUCUGCAGCCAUCCCCAUGUGAAACAAGUCUUGGCCAAUAUAUUCGAGGAUAUCCUAGACUUUCACAAGCGUGCGAUUGUGUUCUUCAAACAUGGAACAUGGAGACUAACGUUCAAAUUAACCUACCACACGUUUAGUGAUAUGUUUAGGGAUAUUUUGACGAAGCUAGACCGAUCUCAAGACUUAAUACUUCAAUCAGCAAACGUCGCACAUUUCCAAGAAUCUCAGGAUGCUCGGAUUCUCUUCACGAAACAAAUGGAAGUGUUGCUAGAGGCAGAGCGAAAUCAGCGGAAGAAGGCUGUCAUUGAUUGGCUCUCGAGUGACUCAAGCUCUACAACUCAACACCAAGAACUUGGGCAGAUACGGAACAUGUUACCGCAGACGACGCGAUGGAUAUUCUCGCAGCCACAGAUGUUGAGCUGGCUCAAACGUACCGAAUACACACCGUGUACAUUUUGGCUGUGCGGAAUUCCAGGAGCUGGCAAGACGGUCAUCUUCAGUUCAGUAGUUGAUGAGAUCGGUGCAACUCUUCCAAAUGCUCAAGCUGUAUACUUCUACUGCAAGAACAAGGACCCUCUUCGAUCACAUUUCACCGACAUUAUCAAGAGUCUUAUUUCACAAAUCCUUCAACUGAAUCCGAACUGCUUGGAUUUCAUUUACGAGUCCAUGCUCUCAUACAGUGAGCGGCGGGCCACAGAUGCUUCGAAACUUCUUCAGAUACUCGAGCAAAUACUAUCAAGUCAUGAUUCAUUGUACAUCGGAAUCGACGGCCUCGACGAAUGCUCCGAGCAAGAACGUAAGCUACUUUCAAACCUGAUCACCGCCGUUUCGAGGGCGAACGAUGCCCAGGGAAAUGUUCAACUAAUUGUCACGAGUCGGCAAGAGAAGGAUCUCGAGAGGUCGUUGAAAUCGGCAGUCAAAUUCAACAUACGGGAGAAGAAUCUUGAAUCUGAUAUCACAGCAUACAUCACUUGUAAAAUGACCGAGUUGUGCCAGAUAUUUCAUUUCACUCAGGAACGGAAACAGCUGAUUACGAAGGAGAUCUGCACACGGCCCAAAGAUAUAUUCCUUCUGGCUCGCCUCAUUAUGCACAACUUGUUAUCUCAAGAUAGUCUAGAAGAUCUGAACGAAGAGCUAAAGUUUGAGGUGCUCCCUCACGGUAUAGAGGAAGCAUACGGCCGUAUGCUGGUCAGAAUUGGAAAAGCCGGAUCCAGCAGUCCCAAUCAAAUGGAAAAGCGGCGGCAGAGAGCAAAGCUCGUCCUCACCCUCGUUACUACGUCACAUCGAGCGUUAUAUAAACACGAAAUUCAAGGUGCUCUUGCCAUCAACCUCGAAGAACAAAACGUCGACUUCGAGAAUAGGCAUUCAAGAUUCCCACUUGAUGAUCUCUGCGGACCAAUAAUUCAAGUUCGUCAGAAUGGAAUUGUUGAUCUGAUACAUCCAACCGCGAAGGAUUAUCUUUGGCAAUAUCACAGCGGUCAUUACAUCGUAUCUUCUGGCGCUGAAGAAUUUAUGGCAACUCUCUGUACCUCGUAUCUUACAUUCGAUUUCUUGAGUCCAGGACUGGCGGGGGACCUAUUUGCCGCAAGAGUCAUGAAUGGUGACUUUGCUUUUCAAGAGUAUGCGGCAUGCAACUGGUUUAAGCAUUUGAAAUCUCUCUUCAGUAAUACCG